AUGGACGGCGUGGACCGCCUCAGCGCGCUCCCGGACGACGUCCUGAACCACAUCGUCUCCUUCCUGCCGUCCGACGACGCGGUCCGGACCUCCGUGCUCGCCCGGCGCUGGCGCCACCUCUGGAGGUCCACGCGCGCCCUGCGCCUCGCCGCCCGGAGAAGGCGGCGGGCCGACUGGACGCCGUGGUCGCUCAACAGCUUCGUCAACACCUUCCUUCUCCUCCGCGGCGGCGCGCCACUGGACGAGUUCGAGAUCCGCUGCGGCGAGAUCUCCGGCGGCGAGUACGACGAGCACAGCGGCGACGACGAGCCCUACAGCGUGAGGGAUAGGCGCAAUGCCGAGCUGUCCCGCUUCGCCGCGCCAUGGAUCCGCCACGCCCUCUCCUUCUGCCAGGCCCGGGCGCUCAGGCUCUCCGUCCACUCCUGGAAGCAGCGCCUCCGGAUCGCCGACGUGCUCUUCGCCUCGAGCGUGCUCAGCACGGUGGAGCUCGCUUACGCCAAGCUCACGUUCCGCUCCCUGGACUUCUCGCGGUGCCCGGCGCUGGAGUCCCUGGAGCUCAUGCGCUGCAAGGUCGAAGUCGACAGGAUCCUGUCCCCGUCGCUGAGGCGUCUCACCGUCCGUGGAUGCGAUUUCCAUGGCGAGAACCGCACCCGGAUCUCGACUCCUCGGGUCAUCUCGUUGCAGCUGUCUGUGAAUUCUGGCAGGGCUCCUGUUCUUGAGAAGAUGCCGCUGCUGGAGGCAGCAAGUGUCAGGUUCCUGGACGAUCUGCAUAUGUGCCACGAUAUCUGUCAGCGUAAAAGUAGCAAUGGGGAUUGUGGUUACGCGUCGUAUGGUCCCGACGAGGACGACGAGAACGUGGAUUCAGAUAGUGACUACUGGUGGUAG